UGGCACCAAGUUAAAAGCCAGAGGCUAGAGGGAAGUUUGUAUGUUUUUGUAUAUUUGGUUAUAAGCAGGCUUCUGAAAAUUGUGGGACAAGUUCUAUUCUCAGUGUUCUUAGCUUUCCUCCAUGGGCUGCUGUUGGUCUUCAGUCCAUUGACUAUUGCAGUUUGUACUUGCAGGCUCAGUGCCAGACCAGGAAUUGGAGGCAUCCGAUCUCGAGUUGGGAUCCAGCAUAGUCUUCUUAGCCAGCCGGCUCGCACAGCCACCUUCCAGCAGAGAUUUGAUGCCCGGCAGAAGAUUGGCAUCUCAGAUGCUCGGCUCAAGCUGGGUGUCAAAGAUGCUCGGGAGAAACUUUUACAGAAAGAUGCUCGGUUUCGGAUCAAAGGAAAAGUACAGGAUGCUAGAGAGAUGCUGAACUCACGAAAGCAGCAGAACGCUGUGCCCCAGAAGCCCCGUCAGGUGGCUGAUGCCAGGGAGAAGAUCAGCUUGAAGAGGAGAUCCCCUGUUACCUUCACAAGCCCACCCAUUGGGACGGUGACACCUGCUCUGAAACUCACCAAAACCAUCCAGAACUUAUAUGACCUAGAUGAAGAUGAUGACGUUGCAGCACCUGUUCCUACAAAACAGAUGAAGUUUGCAGCUACAGGCAGCUUUGUCCAUCACAUGACUGGACUGAGCAGUUCCAAGCUGUCCAUGUCCAAGGCCCUCCCUCUCACAAAAGUGGUUCAGAAUGAUGCCUACACGGCUCCUGUUCUUCCCUCCUCUGUUCGAACCAAAGCCUUGACCAACAUGUCUCGGACGCUGGUAAACAAGGAGGAGCCUCCCAAAGAGCUGCCACCUGCUGAGCCUGUGCUCAGCCCCUUGGAAGGUACCAAGAUGACUGUGAAUAAUCUGCACCCUCGAGUCACGGAAGAGGACAUUGUUGAGCUUUUCUGUGUGUGUGGAGCCCUCAAGCGGGCACGGCUGGUCCAUCCUGGGGUAGCAGAGGUUGUCUUCGUGAAGAAGGAUGAUGCAGUCACUGCGUACAAGAAGUACAACAACCGAUGUCUGGAUGGGCAACCCAUGAAGUGCAAUCUUCACAUGAAUGGGAAUGUCAUUACCUCAGAGCAACCCAUCCUGCUGCGGCUGAGUGACAGCCCCUCGGUGAAGAAGGAGAGUGAGCUGCCUCGGCGGGGGAAUGCUGCCUCCUCUUCCAACCCUCCUGCUGAAGUGGAUCCUGACACCAUUCUCAAAGCUCUCUUCAAGUCCUCGGGGGCCUCUGUGACCACACAACCCACAGAAUUCAAAAUCAAACUUUGAGGAGGGGAGUGAGGCAGCCAGAAACAGGGCAGAGGAGGGUGGCUCUGUUUCCCAAGGCAAAGCUUGUGACCAAUGGGCCGUUGGACUGAAGCCCCCUGAGCAAGGGUCAAGGCACCAGGGAGUGCUUCCUCACUGGACGGGACCCACCUUUCUGUAUUGUUCCAUACCUUGCCCUUCUGUGGGUUACAUUUCUAUCGUAUGUUUCCUCUUUCCUCCACUCAUCAUGGUAGGCUGUGUUUGUACGCGUGUCUCCCCUCCCCUCGGCCCCAAGCUGAUUUCUUCCCUAGGAAUGGUGCACUGUUUUCCUGGGUAGCCAUGGGACACAGAGCACUGGAGCUGUUGGAGAGGCUGCUUUUUUGUUGUUGUUGUUUGGUUGUUUGGUUUUCAGGAGUUUUCUUGUUCUGUUGAAGUUUUACAAAGAAAACAGAAUAAAGGUGACCUCCUGCCAUUUGGUGGGCAGUAGAUCAGCUGGGAGCUGCAUUAGGUUACUGGCUUCUUGUCUUCUCACUACCAUCAUCAUCAACCUGACUCCUAAUGUGGGGAACUCUGUGAUGGGGGCAGGUAGGGUGACUGUGUUGCCAGUUCCUGGCUGCCUGUGUUGUCCUGGGCAGCUCAAAAGGAUUUCCCAGGGUUCAUGUUCCCUUGUUAGAGUAGUGCCGAAGGCCCUGGCCCAGUUCUGUGCUUCCAGAUAGGAGCACAGUCAGGGACCUGUGCCUUUAGCCCUCUUUGUUCUCACCUGACAGGGCAACACUACAGCCUGGUUUUGGUGCAGGUACCAGCUCCAAAUUAGUUGGGCCUUUUUCUAGGUUCUGCCCCUAGGCUGCAGCACAGUGGGCUUUCAAGAGAUUGAUUGAGUAGGAGCUGUUGGCUACCUCUAGCUAACGCUGCCUUUCUGGCUUCACUUAUCUACAGAACAGCAGUCAGGAUUGCCCAAAGGAAAAAUGCCACUAUGGCAUUGUCUCUGUUAGUGUAAGUGACCUACACUGCCAUGAGUGGUCUGAGAGUAGAGUCGGCCUACCAGGCAAGCUGGUGGGCUAUUUUCUACAGCAUGCUCCUAGGCUGUUAGUGCAGAACUAUGGAACUUAGGCAGGUGCUGAGUGUCAGGCAGCACCAUUUCAAAGCUGGGCAGUAGUCCUCUGACAAUGGGAAAAGGAGAUUCUAAGCUCUUAUAGCUGGAGCGGGGUUCUAAGGGCACACACAUCAGUAAAGGAAGCCGAGACACUAUGACCCUCUCAAGGCUAGCCCAGUAAAGAGAACUUCAAUUAAUUUAUCUUCUCCUGGAGUUUGAUCUGCCCUGCUUGAAGUAUCUAGUUUGAGCCAACAUCAGUCAUUUAGCUCUGAGGGUGCCCAGCCAAGGGAUCCAGGAAUGGCAUCUGGGGUGCUCCAUUCUUCUGUUCAAAGAAGUCUGCUUCUCUUAAACCCUUCUAAGUGGGUACAAACUUAAACCCUUCUAAAUGGGUACAAACUUAAUUCAUUUCAGCAACUAGAAGACAUUCCUCCAUGCUUCACCCUUCCUGACCCAAGAGAACACCCGAAGACACUAGGGCCUAACUUUUCUGCCUGUGGGAACAGUUGGCACACUUUCUGCUUUGUGUAGAGUAGGGAUGGCCUAGACCUUUCGUGGUUCCCCUGCUCUUUUUGAACCAGGCAUGCUCAGAACAGCACAGUUGAACUGAGUCAGCCUCCUGGCUAUGUGCUACUUUGUGGGGGUGAGGCUGGAGGUGGGGUAGGGUGGGGAGGGCGUGCCUCCCCUGCAUUUUACAAUGUCUCCUUGGGAAACAGAAAAGGUGGGCCAACCCUCAUGCCCCUCCCCUCCCUUGCAUUACUUCUGUGUGUCUUGUUCAGGAGAGAAAGACAUUGCGGGAUGGAGGGGCUUGUUACUUUCCAUUUCUCAAUAAAUGUUUGUUAUUCCUAA